AUGAAGGAAAUUCGUGAAGUCGGAACUACCUGUAUUUAUUUUGAUAACAUAACAUAUUUCUUUUUCUUAUUAUUUUUUUUUUUCAGUAUUUUUUAUUACUUUAAUCAUUAAAUAUCAUCAUAUUUACUUGCUGAUUGGAACUCUCAUAGUAUAUAUAUAUAGAUAUGUCAGGCGCAGAUACUUUGUUUUCAUACCUAUGACUAACAAGCAUAGUUUAUUACAACACGUUUGUUUUAAAUCUUAUUUCUCCGUAUUUGCUCUAUUUUUUAUUUUUACUAAGCUGACAGCGCUAUCUCUGUUUGUGUAUGUGUAAUCAUAAAACUCAUCAACCAAAUUCAAAGUUAAUGUUUUUAUUUGGUACAAAUAUAUACAACAAGGAUGGAAGUGGAAGUGAAGGAUAUAAUAGAAAAAUCUUUGAAAAAGGCAAAGGAUCAUGAUAGUCUUGGGCAUGUUGGAAAGGCUUAUGCUUAUUAUACUGUUGUAGCAGAACUAUGUUCUCCAAAAAGAGCAGAAAUAGAGGAAGCAUUUACAGAUGUUUUAUGUGAAUGGUGUAUGCAAUUGGAGCUCAAUAAUAGAUUUUCUGAUCUUCUGUUAUGUUAUAAACAUUCUUUAGAUAUUUAUCCAAAUAAUCCACGUAUGCUAAAUAAUUUUGCAGCGCAUCUUCUAAGGAAUAACGAUCCUAUGAGAGCAAUACCUUAUUUGAAAAAAGCCUUGAGAGUUGAUCCUACUUUUCUACCUGCAGAACGAAAUUUGCAAAAUGCACAUAGUAUGGCUGUAGCUAGAUGGCACUUUCCAAUGUUGAACGAUAAGCAAAGAAAUAAUGCAUUUGCACAAGCAAUACAUAAAAGAAUUUCUGAAGGCUAUGACACCGUUUUAGAUGUAGGAACUGGCACAGGUCUUCUAAGCUUAUAUGCGAAAGAUGCAGGAGCCAAAAAAAUUUAUGCAUGUGAAUAUUCAACAGUAAUGGUUAACAUAGCAAAAGAUGUAUUUGAGCGCAAUAAUGCAAAAGAUAUAAAAUUGAUACCUAAGCUUUCUUCAAAUCUUAGAAUACCAGAUGAUAUUCCAGAAAGAUUGAAAUUGAUAGUAACUGAAACAUUUGAUGCUGGUUUGUUUGGGGAAUUAAUAAUACCAUCUAUGAUUAGUGCACACAAAAAUAUUUUAAGUAAAGAUGGUAUGGUUAUACCUAUGAGAGCCACUCUUUACAUGGCUGCUGUUGAAUGUGAAUAUAUCCGAUACAGGUCAUCAGUUUUAUUUAACAAAAUAAAAGAAGAAUGCUCUCUUAGUUUUGAUAAUGUGCUUAUAAUACCAGACGAUGAAUAUUAUGAUACAGAAAAUCUUGAAAAUGUUAAAAUCAAUCAUAUAACAGAACCACAAGUAUUAUUACAUGUUAAUUUUAAUGAUAUAUAUGAAUUACAAGAAUUUGCAAAAGAUGGCAUAAAAGCUAUACGAUGUGUCAAAUGCAGAUAUGAUAGUAUUAUAGAUGGAUUGGUAACUUGGUUCAAAUUACAUCUUGAUGAAGAAAUCGUAAUAGAUACAUCAGAAGCAAAUUCUUGUUGGCAACUGGCUGUAUUUCCAACAAUUCCAGCAGUCUGUAAAGAAGGUGAUAACUUAACAAUUAAGACUGAAGUACAUAAUGGAAAACUAAAGUGUUCUUACACAUUAAGCACAUUUAAAUCUGAUAUUGAUUCUAAAUGUACAUAUCGUUUACCAAGAGAAAUAAUAAUGUUCCUUAAUGAUCUUGAAUAUAUUAAAUCUCUUAUUCAAAUUAGCAAAUCUCAUGAAACUAGGAAAUUAAAUUGUAUUUUGGAUACCUCACCAUUUCCUAUCUAUGGUUUGAUGCAAUUGAAAAAAAAUAAACAUAGUGAAAUUUUAUAUUAUGAAAGUAGUAAUUUAAUACUUUGUCAUCUUGUUGAACAAAUUAUUAAAGAAAAUGAAAUCCAAGGUACAGCUUAUGCUGUAUCUGAUUAUCGUCAAAUUCAACACCCUGUAGAUAUCAUACUUUUUCAUAAUUUUGAUAUGAAGGGAGAAUUAAAAGAUUGGGGCCAAGAUAGUUGUCAUGAACUUUUCAGCUAUUUAUUAAAACCAGAAGGCAUUAUAUUACCAGAGAAAGUAUUUUUGAUGGGACAACUUAUAUUCUCAGAAGAUUUACCUAAAAUAGUAUCUGUGAAAGAUGCAAAUAUUCAGUGGGAAAAAAAUACAACGAAUAAAUCAAAUUUUCAUAAGCAUAAUGAAUAUAUUAAUAUUGUGACAAACAUUAAAAAUAGAUAUUCAAGUUAUAAGAUUGCAGAAUAUAUUAAUGAAUAUAAGAUAGAUCAAAUAUUUGACUUAAAUUUAAGUCUGUAUUCUUAUAUACCUUUAUCUGAAGUACAUACAUUAAUAGAAAUAAGAGAAAAUGAAAAAACGCAAUCUGUUGUAAAUUUUAGAAAAAUAGGCAAUAAUAAUAAGCAAUUAUAUCCAAAUGCUCUUAUUUGUUGGUAUAAAAUUGAACUUACAUCAGAUCAUGUACAUUAUACAAAAAGAAAUGAUUCUUUUAUGAAUCACAUGGCAUUAGUGUUAGAGGAUGAAUUGCAAAAUAUGAUUCAAGCAGAUAAUGAAGUAAAGAUUAAAAUACAACAAGUCAAAGGUCUACUCUCUCAAACAAUGCUUUUGCAGCUUCUGAAUUUAAAGCUGAAACUCUUCUACAUCUUAACGCGUAUAAUAUUUCCUCUUCUGUAUAUAAUCGAGGAGUUUUAUCUAUAUUAGCUUUAAUAGUGAUAUCACAAACUUCUCGUAAGCGAAAGACAAGAUCCUUAUUUAAUAUUGGAGGUGAUAUUAAAGAAUCCAAUAAUAUUAAUUUUUCAAUUCUUUUGGGAUAGAGAAUAGAAAACAUUACACCAAGGUGACCACCAAAACUAUGACCCAUAUAAAUACAAGUAUCCCAUUGUAAUACAUUUAAUACAUAAUAUAUAGAAAGCACAUAACUAAAAUAAUUAAGUGGUAUUCCUGAAUUAAAGUGUGAUGAAAAUCCAUGUCCAGGUAAAUCUAUACAUACUAUAUAAUAAUUUUCUGGGAGAUAGUUAAUAAUUCUGUUGAAUGUACCAGCAUUAUCUGAAAUUCCAUGUACUGCUAGAAUUCUUUUACUAGUUGAUAGACCCCACGCUUUAGCAGCAAUAUGUCCCCAUGGU